AUGACGCGCUCCAGGAAAACACCCAUCCUCCUCCUCGAUGGCACCGGCGUGGUCCCGUCCCGCAUCGCCCGCCGGCUCGCUGCGUCCUCGGCCGACAAGCACCCCUUGCUAGUUGCCUCCAUCCUCGGGGAGGACCCCAACGGCGUCAAGUUCAACCUCUACGAUUCCAACACCUGGGAGAACCCCUUUGCCCGCGCACAGGAGCUGUUUGGCAGCGACAACGAAAUGGAGAGUGACGGCAUGAUCCACUCCAUCUACCUCACCGCGCCCAACAGCCCGCCUUCCAGCACCCACCAGGCAUCUCUCCUGAUGCAGUUCGUGGACUACGCCCGCCUCAAACACGGCACACGCCGCUUCGUCCUGCAGUCUGCCAGCGCUAUGGAACCCGGCGGCUUUUCGUUGGGGCGGGUGCAUGCGUACCUGCGGGAGCUGGGCCAGAGGGGAGAGGCCGAGUGGGCGGUGCUGAGACCGACUUGGUGCCAGCAGGACUUUGAGCAGCAGUGCCAUGUCAAGAGCAUCAAAGAGGAGAAUAGGCUGUACUCGGCGACGAGCAGGGGCAAGAUCCCAUGGGUGUCGGCGGAUGAUAUCGCGGCUGUGGCGGUGGAGGCCUUGACGAACAAAGAUGCCCCGAAUACAGAGUAUUUGGUUCUGGGACCCGAGUUAUUGGGGUAUGAUGAUAUUGCAAGCAUCCUCUCCUCUGUUCUUGGUCGCAAGAUUGUCCAUGUCGACCUCAGCAGUCACGACCUUGAACGUCGCCAGCAGUCAUUUGGAUGUUCAGAAGAGCAUUCGCGCUUGAUGAGCUCACUGGAUACGGCAAUCAAGUACGGGACGGAAAAUAGGACGAAUGAUGUGGUUCUUAGUAUGACUGGCAACAAGCCCAAGAGUUUUCGAGAGUACGCUGAGAGUGCCAAGCAUCUUUGGGUAUAG